GCCACACCCACUGCCUCGCCGGCACCCGCGUGCGUCUUUGGACAUGCCUCUUAGAGCCUCGGACUGGUUUAAAGAUAAUUAUCAUUUGAUUAAUUAGCCAAAGUUGAUCGAUCUACGGCUUAUAUCCGGCUUUAUCAGCGCUGCUGAAGAAAACGGUUUCUCCAACAUGCUGCCGAGCUGCUCCCCGUCGCACGACUGGCUCAGCGAGUCGGAACCGCUGCUGUUCGACGAUGAGUUCUGCCAGAGUCUUAUUAAGGACCUGCAGGCAAACGCUCUGCCCACGCCGCCGCACUCCCCGCCGCUCAAACCCGGCAUGGGCAAGCCGCUGUCCAGCAUGGAGCAGCUGGAACUGGUGUCCGAGCUCCUGCUGGAGGACAGCGACUUCUUCCACCUGAACUGGAACUGCGCCGACCUUAACAGCCCCGUCUCGGAGGACUGCUUGUGGCCCUGCGCUGGAGAGAAGCAGAACGAGAGCGAGGGUGAGGGCGAGAUGGAGGAGAAGCUGUCCUCCGUGCUCUCCACCAGCCCGCUGCUCUCCGACAUAGACACCCAGAUCUUCGCCGAGAUCGCCGGCUCUACGCUGGACUGCCACAACGCGGCGCUGGCGUGCCACCUGCUAGAGAGCGAGGACUUACUGCUGGGUAGUCCGGAGCAGAGCGAGUCGUCGUCCGAUUACGGCUCGCUGUCCGCCGGUGGAGAGUCGUCUGCUAGCGAUUCUGAGGAGGAGAUCGACGUGGUGACGGUUCGCCGGUGUAACACCCUCACACGCUCCCAGUACCAGCAGCAGCAGGAGGACAACCGACGAGAGCAGCUGCGCGCACUGAAGCGCUGCCACCUCGAGAUCCAGCAGCAGCACAACUACGCCGCCCCUCGACCCGCCUCUCCGCCCCCUCCCUCACUGUGCACGAAGCGCUCCCGGAGCACCGGCGACUCUCUGAAACACACCGGGCGCUCCCGGAACUUGACCACGCGCCACAGUGCUGACACAGAGGACGAGGAGGAGAGGAGGAGGACCCACAAUGUGAUGGAGAGGCAGCGGAGGAACGAGCUGAAGAACUGCUUCCUGCGCCUUCGUGACAACGUCCCUGAACUGUCCAACAAUGACAAAGCCUCCAAAGUGGUGAUCCUAAAACGGGCAAAGGAGAGCAUCUGGAACCUGGAGUCAGAAGACCAGAGACUGAAUGAAAAGAAGGACAGACUCAGACAGAGGCAUGAGCGGCUCAAGGCCAGACUAGAGCAGCUCAAGCAGCUCUGAGGGUUCUUCAUGAGGACAUUUUAGGGACUAGAGUGUAGCCGUGCCGUCAGCCGAGGUUUUUUGGACCGAGUUGGCACGCAGGGCUGGGUGAUGUUGCCACGCACAAGCAACGCACCACUUUGACUAAUGUAAUCUCUAAGGAGAUAGCUGUUUCCUUCCCAUUUGUAAAGUUUUCCUUUUUAGGAAAAACAUGCAUGUCAAUGCAACGUUGUUCUCAGAGUCGUCCUUUUAGAGCUAUGCCACAAUCUUUAGUCUUAACGAAAAACUGUUUCAUAUACUGUAUGUAGAGCUGAAGCUCCUCCCAGCCCUAAAAUUGUUAGUCUGAUCCAUCCCAUAUCAUGCACGUUAUUUUGGGCUGGAUCCAAAGUAAACAAACGCAGGUAUCCGGGGACAAACAUGACGUCCAUGAAAGCUUGUAAGUCUGUAUCCGCCUCACUUAAUGACAAUGACUUGUUGCCACUUGUCCAAGUUUGAUCCAAACUGGAAAGUUUGUUUGAAAUUCAUGCAUAGCUUAUUAUGUUUAGUUUGGAGUGUCAUUCUUUAAGAGUGUUAAUACUUGAAUCUCACUCUUUGUUCUGUUCAGUGUCAUGUAAUUUCUCUCAUCGUCUUUUCUCUUUAACUACCUCCACCAAAAAGCCUGGGAAUGUUAUUGCCUUCAUAAUGGCACCUGUACAGAAUCCUCUUCUCUUGUUAUUUUUGAGUAAAUGUUAGUUUCUUAAAUAUGUUUUAUAAAUUAUUUAGCCGUUUUAUUUCUUGGUUUGUUUGCAGAUUUUAAGGAGUUCUGUUUUUUUUAACAGCACUUUGUUUUAUACUGUUAUUAAAAAGUGGACAACAUCA